CCUUUGACGGGCGGAAAGGGGGCUAAUCCGAUCCAACUGCAAAGGUCGCCUGUUCAGUGGAAAACACGUCCGAAAACAGCCAAGAGUUUUAUUUGAUCCAGGGCUUUUCUUCGCCGACCCUACCCAAGCCGGAUCCACAUUUUGCGAGCAGUGUUUUAAUCGAUCUCAGACUGGGAAUUGCGAAGUCCGUUUGGGAAGCGCCACUUUGUAUCCCGGGUCCCCCGUGGUUUUCUCACGCUGCAGGAGUGGGGCAACCAGACACUUCUGAGCCCCAUUUUGUUUUCAAGUGUGUUUAACGGAGGGGAAAGCCAUUCUAACAGGUCAACGGUGCUGCCGCGUCUCCUCUUUAUAACGGAAUAAAGAGAAAGCAAAGGCGAGCCCGUUUAAACGGAAUGGCUCUGGACGGUAUUCGGAUGCCUGAUGGCUGUUACGCUGACGGGACGUGGGAACUGAAUGUUCUUGUGACCGAUCUGAAUCGCGAUGUUCCCCUCCGAGUCACCGGGGAAGUGCACAUAGGCGGAGUGAUGCUUAAACUGGUGGAGAAACUUGAUAUGAAAAAAGACUGGUCAGAUCAUGCCUUGUGGUGGGAAAAGAAGAAAACCUGGCUUCUAAAAACACACUGGACAUUGGACAAGUAUGGUGUGCAAGCUGAUGCUAAACUGAUGUUCACACCCCAGCACAAAGUACUUCGCCUCCAGCUGCCUAACAUGAAGAUGGUGAAGGUCAAGGUCAAUUUCUCGGACAGAGUCUUCAAAGCUGUCUCUGACAUUUCCAAGACGUUCAAUAUAAGGCAUCCUGAAGAACUCUCGCUGCUGAGAAAACCUAAAGAUCCAACAAAAAAGAAAAAACGAAAGACGGACGAAAAAGACCAAGGUGAAGAUGAGGCAUUGGAGUUGGAGGGACCAUUAAUCACUCCAGGAUCAGGCUCUGAUGUUCUUUAUAUUGGUCCGUCAAAAGGGAGUAUUUACUCAAGUCCAGGAUUGUACAGCAAAACAAUGACACCAACUUAUGACUCAAGAGAUGGUAGCCCACUUUCUCCGACCUCCGCCUGGUUUGGUGACAGCCCUCUCUCAGAAGGCAAUCCCAGUGUUCUUGCUGUGAGCCAGCCAAUCACCUCUCCAGAUAUCUUGGCACAGCUAUUCAAGCCACAGUCACUACUCGAUAAAGCAAAGAUUAAUAAAGGAUGGCUAGAUUCAUCAAGGUCUCUGAUGGAGCAAGACGUAAAAGAUAAUGAAGUAUUAUUGCUCAGGUUCAAAUAUUACAGCUUCUUUGAUUUAAAUCCAAAAUAUGAUGCAGUGAGAAUCAAUCAGCUUUUUGAACAAGCUAAAUGGUCAAUCCUUCUAGAAGAAAUCGAGUGCACAGAGGAGGAAAUGAUGAUGUUUGCAGCUUUGCAAUACCACAUCAAUAAAUUAUCUAUUAUGUCAUCUGAGAAUCACAUGAACAACAGUGAAAAAGAAGUAGAUGAAGUCGAUGCGGCCCUUUCUGACUUGGAGAUUACUUUGGAAGGUGGCAAGACAUCAACCAUUCUGGGUGAUAUCACUUCUAUUCCUGAACUGGCUGACCAUUUAAAAGUGUUCAAACCAAAGAAAUUAACGUUGAAAGGUUACAAGCCAUACUGGUGUACAUUUAAAGACACAUCCAUUUCCUGCUGCAAAAGUAAAGAUGAAUCCCACGGACCUCCAGCUCAUCAGAUGAACUUGCGAGGUUGUGAGGUGACCCCUGAUGUAAACAUAUCCAGCCAAAAAUUCAAUAUCAAGUUGCUGAUACCGGUGGCAGAGGGGAUGAAUGAAAUCUGGCUCCGUUGUGAUAAUGAGAAGCAGUAUGCACAGUGGAUGGCAGCCUGUAGGCUGGCAUCAAAAGGCAAGACGAUGGCAGACAGCUCAUACAGCCUUGAGGUGCAGAAUAUCUUAUCAUUUUUGAAGAUGCAGCAUUUAAACCCUGACCCACAAGUUAUUCCUGACCAGAAUUCAACAGACAUCAAUCCAGAGUGUCUCGUGUCCCCUCGCUAUUUAAAGAAGUAUAAAAACAAACAGCCAGGCUAUGUAAGGGACUUGAUCUCUGCCAGAAUCCUUGAGGCCCAUCAAAAUGUAGCUCAGAUGAGUCUCAUUGAAGCAAAGAUGAGGUUUAUUCAGGCCUGGCAAUCAUUACCUGAGUUUGGCAUCACUCAUUUCAUUGCAAGGUUUCAAGGAAGCAAGAAAGAUGAUCUGAUUGGCAUAGCCUAUAAUAGGUUGAUCAGGAUGGAUUCAAGCACAGGAGAUGCAAUCAAGACAUGGAGGUUCAGCAACAUGAAACAGUGGAAUGUAAAUUGGGAGAUCAAAAUGGUAACUGUUGAGUUUGCCGAUGAAGUUAGGCUUUCUUUUAUCUGUGGAGAUAUCGACUGCAAGGUAGUUCAUGAGUUCAUUGGUGGUUACAUCUUCCUGUCGACGCGGGCUAAGGAUCAGAAUGAAAGCUUGGAUGAAGAUAUGUUCUUUAAGCUUACCAGCGGCUGGAUGUGACAGCAAAUGCCUUAUAAGAUUUGUUCAGGCCAUUGAAGGUCUUUUUUAAUGAGUGCUGUUACUCGACAUAAGCUGCUUAUUCCAGUAAGCGCGUUGUACUGUAAUCCUUUACCAUGUUUUUGUUGUUUUACUUAUCAGUUAACACUGUAUGUGCACUAACAGGAGCACCUCUUAGUAUCUAGCUACCAAACAAAGCUACUGUGUUUUGGGCCUGGCAAGUUCUCCUCAUCUGGCAAGUGGCCUUGAAAGAUCCCCCAUCAGCAAUCUGUUUCAUGACAGCCUUGGAAUCAGCCGUACAGUUUAUUAAGUAAGUUAUCAAUGAAGCGUAUGCCUAGGAGAGGAAAAACUGAAUAUUUAUCAAACUUUGCAUGCGGUUGUGCCUUUAAGACCUUUACAAAACAAAUCAUAAUCCCCUACAUAAAUCAGGACUACUAUAGUGACGUAGAAAAGGAGGGUAGUUUUUUGGAAAUCAAUGAACACAGCUCAUUGUUUUAGCUUGCAUACCAAAACGUCUGGUUAUUAGUUGAAUUUACAUUCUGUACUUUGCCAUUGUUUUUACACCUUAUAGUAUUAUGUGAAGCUGUUUUAAUCACCAGCAUUAGUUACCUUUUUCACUUCAAUUAUGAAAUAUUUCCAAUACAUUAUGAAGUAAUGCUAUAUGAAGUAUGGUUUUUCAUGUAACUAAUGUAAAAACAAGUUUUAUAUAAUUGUACAGUUUUUGAACUAUAGCAUCACAUCAGUUAAUGUGCUUACAAUGUAUUAUGUUUGGUUGUGCUUUUACCGGCAUAGCUAAUAGUAAAAAAAUUAUUUCAAUGGAAGAAUUAAUUUUUGAACCUUGCUUAAUUUUAUCAUGUUUAAUUGUAGCUGACGUUGUGCCAUGGACGUCCUAAACAGUGAAGCCUAACGUUUGUUUUUUUGAAACUUAUGUACAAAUGCAUUUAUUUUAAAUAAAAGUUAAAUCUUUUAUUUAACCUGUCCCUUUCACUAUUUAUUUAAAUUGAAAUUUGGCUUGAGGUUGUUGCUGUUAGAUAAGCAGCAGCUCCUAAAGUACUGCACAGCAAUCCCGCUGUGAAAGUAAAACCAAGCUGUGCCUCAGCCUUGUGCAGAUUACCAAAUAUUGCCGAAAGAAAUGUUCGCACUAAUGGCAACUAACUGCUUGAUGCAUUGAAGUUUUUUGGAUAGAAAUAGGAAGAAUCAAGAAUCGUGAUAGCAGGAGAUAGUUCAAAUAAUUAGUUCCAAAAAUCCUGAAUGUAACUAGAAUAAAUAUUUGUAAUCCAAAUGAGAAUAUAAAAACUGUUAUUAUCUCCAACAUGUAACAAACUUUUUUUGUUGAAUCUAGUAAAAGUUGAGAUUUAAGCACUCA